GGCCGAGCGGGUCUCGGGCGGAGCCGCAGCUGGGGAGCCGGGAGCCGGGAGCUGGAGCGGGGCGGGGCCGGGCCGGGCGCUGAGCCGCUGCGGAGCCGGCGGAAUGCAGGGUGUCCCCAGCUCUGAUCUCAGGAUGAGGAGCUUGCUGCUAGUGUCUCUUCUGCUGGCCAUGACUCCUGGUUGGGCCGCGCCCAAGGACAGCUCCAACAGGUCUGAGGGCCCUGCUGCGGAUCCUGUUCCCAACCUUCUGCACCCCGAGCCAGAGGAGCUGCGGCUGCUGCAGCGCUACCUGCGGAGCGUCUGGCAGAUGGCACAGGACCCCACUCACAUGACGAGGGAGCAGGUGCUCCUCUACCUCUUCGCGCUACACGACUAUGACCGGAGUGGGCAGCUGGACGGGCUGGAGUUCAUGCAGCUGCUGAUGGAGGUGGUAUCCCAGCACGCCCAGGGGCAGCCUUCGCCCGACACGGUGAUCGUGGUGGUCGAUGGGAUCCUGGAGACUCAGGACCUGAAUGGGGAUGGGUUACUGAACCCCUCGGAGCUCCUGCUGCCCCUGGCCCAGGGCCAGCCUCCCCUGCCAGCCCAGACUGCCACCCCCACUGGGGAAGGGGUUGUGCAGUGGGCACCUGAGGAGUCGGAGCUGCCAGGCACCCAGGGUGCAGCGGACCCCGGUGGGGAGCUCCCAGAGGCAGCGGGGCCCGUAGCAGAGCAGCCAGGGGCUGAGGCUCUCUUGCUGAGCCGGACGGGACCAGAGGCAGCUCAGCCUGAAGAGGAGGCUGCCGGGGAGGAUCCAGGGGCCCAGGCCAUGGCCCCCAAUGCUGAGAUCUAGGCCCCCAGCCUAGAUCCAUGGAGAGCUCAGGGCACUGCCAGGGCAGAUCAGAGCUGGCAUGGGGGCUGCAGGUGCAGGGGAGGGGAGCAGCUGUGCACAGGGAAACCGAGGUGGUGGUG